GCGUCCUUCGCGGAGGAACUCUGGCGGCCCUGGCGCUAUGGAGCUGCGGCUUCUUUACCUCUGGGUUUCCCUAGCCGCAGCCGUGGAAGAGAGCCUCAUGAAUACCAAGCUGGAGACCGCUGAUUUGCGGUGGACAACGUACCCCCCUGCGGACGGCCAGUGGGAAGAGCUGAGCGGGAUGGAUGAGGAGCAGAACAGCGUCCGGACCUUUGAGGUGUGUGCCGUCCACCACCCCAACCAGAACAACUGGCUUCGGACCACCUUUGUCCCGCGUUCCGGCGCCACCCACGUCUACGCGGAGCUCCGUUUCACGGUGGUGGAGUGUUUCUCCAUCCCUCGGGUCACUCGCUCUUGCAAGGAGACGUUCAACGUCUUCUUUUACGAAGCAGAUGCUGACGUGGCCACGGACACUUUCCCCGCGUGGAUGGAGAACCCGUACGUCAAGGUGGACACGGUGGCGGCUGAACACCUCACCAGGAAGCGGGCAGGAAUGGAGGCCUCCGGGAAGGUGAACGUGAAGACCCUCAAAAUCGGGCCUCUCACCCGGGCGGGGUUCUACUUGGCUUUCCAAGACCAAGGGGCCUGCAUGGCUCUCCUCUCAGUCCGCCUCUUCUACAAGAAGUGCCCCUCCAUCACCGUCAACUUCACCGUCUUCCAAGAGACAGUGCCCAGGGAGCUGGUCAUGCCCGUCACCGGUCAGUGCGUGGCCAACGCCAUCAAAACCAGCUCCAGGCCCCUCAGCAUGUACUGUCGGGAGGACGGGCAAUGGGCUGAGCAAACCAUCACUGAUUGCGCUUGUGCCGCAGGCUACGAGCCUUCUGAGGAAAACACCAAGUGUCGCGCCUGCGCCGCCGGAUCCUUCAAGUCCUUGCAAGGCGAGGGGUCUUGCUCGCCAUGCCCCUCCUACAGCAACUCCCAGCAUCCCGGCUUGAGCGAGUGUUCCUGCCGCAUCGGGUUCUUCCGGACCCCAGACGAUCCCCCGACGAAGCCCUGCACGACCACCCCGUCUGCACCCCGCAGCAUCGAGGCCAGGAUCAACGGCUCCGUGGCGGUGCUGGAGUGGAGCGAGCCCUUGGAGAACGGCGGCCGCGACGACGUGGCCUACCACAUCGUCUGCUCCGAGUGCCUGGAGAGGCAGCCCUGCCGCCUUUGCUCCCGUCUGGUUUACGCCCCCAGGGCCAGGGGGCUGGUGGGCCGCAGCGUCACCAUAGAGGGGCUUCAGCCGUACAUCACCUACUCCUUCCAGAUCCAAGCCGUCAACGGCGUCUCUGACAUGAGCCACAAUCCGCCCCAAGUCGAAUCCAUCAAUAUCACCACCAAUAAGGAUGUGCCCCAGCCUGUUUCUGAGAUCCAGUCGACAGCCGUCACGCCCACUGGGAUGACCUUGGUUUGGCCCUUUGUCCAGCCUCCGACCGGGAACAUCUUGGACUACGAGGUCAAGUAUUACGAGAAGGGUGUCGGGGGCCCUAUGUUUGUGAAGACCUCUGAGAACCGAGUGACUUUGAGCGGCUUGCACCGGGGGGCCAUGUAUGGCAUUCAAGUCCGUGCCCGCUCCGAGGCUGGCUAUGGCGGUUUUGGGCCAGAGAGGGCCUUCCAGACUCAAGGGGCCGAGUCGGAGAGCCCCACGGAGCAGCUGGCCCUCAUUGUAGGCACCGUGGCCCUGGGGGUCCUCCUGGUGCUUGCAGUGGUCGUCGUGGCCGUCGUCUGCCUCCGGCGCCAGGGUUCCUCUGGAUCACGGGAGCCUGAAUACUCCGAUAAGCCUGGGCAAUACCUGAUUGGGCACGGCACCAAAGUCUACAUUGACCCUUUCACCUACGAGGACCCCAACGAAGCCGUGCGCGAGUUCGCCAAAGAAAUUGAUGUUUCGUAUGUCAAAAUUGAGGAGGUCAUCGGCGCAGGUGAGUUUGGGGAGGUCUGCCGUGGCCUGCUGAAAGUGCCGGGGAAGAAAGAGAUCUACGUGGCCAUCAAGACGCUCAAGGGGGGCUACACAGAGAAGCAGCGCCGUGAGUUCCUCAGCGAAGCCAGCAUCAUGGGCCAGUUCGACCACCCCAACAUCAUCCGCCUGGACGGCGUCAUCACCAACAGCGUCCCCGUCAUGAUCAUCACGGAGUUCAUGGAGAACGGGGCCCUGGACUCCUUCCUCCGGUCCAACGACGGCCAGUUCACGCCCAUCCAGCUGGUGGGGAUGCUGCGGGGAAUCGCCUCGGGGAUGCGCUACCUCUCCGACAUGAGCUACGUCCACCGGGAUUUGGCAGCCCGUAACAUCCUGGUCAACAGCAACCUGGUCUGCAAAGUGUCGGACUUCGGCCUCUCCCGCUUCCUGGAGGAGAACUCGUCCGACCCCACCUAUACCAGCACCCUGGGCGGGAAGAUCCCAAUCCGAUGGACAGCCCCUGAAGCCAUUGCCUUCCGCAAAUUCACCUCAGCCAGCGACGUCUGGAGCUACGGCAUCGUGAUGUGGGAAGUGAUGUCGUUUGGAGAGAGGCCUUACUGGGACAUGUCCAAUCAGGAUGUGAUCAACGCCAUCGAGCAAGACUACCGGCUGCCUCCCCCCACGGAGUGCCCCACCUCCUUGCACCAGCUGAUGCUGGACUGCUGGCAGAAGGACCGGAAUUCCCGACCCCGCUUUGCCCAGAUCGUGAGCUCCUUGGACAAGCUGAUCCGGAACCCGGCCAGCCUGAAGAUCGUCUCGCGGGGCAACGGAGGGCCGUCUCACCCUCUGUUGGACCAGCGCCUGCCACACUACUCCUCCUUUGGCUCGGUGGGCGAAUGGCUCCGGGCCAUCAAAAUGGGCCGCUACGAAGAGAACUUUGCGACGGCCGGCUUCACCUCCUUCGAACUGGUCAGCCAGCUCUCGACCGAAGAUCUGCUCCGAGUCGGGGUGACGCUGGCCGGCCACCAGAAGAAGAUUUUGUCCAGCAUUCAGAACAUGCGUGUCCAAAGCAAGCCUGGUCCGUCAGUUGGGACCAAAGCGGGACAUUACUGACCCUGGUUAAGUGCUGAGUCUGAUCCGCCUCUCUGGGCCCCUCCGGCAAACAGGAUUCUGGUGGUGAAACAGGGCUCUGUGACUGGGGGUGCCCAAGGCCCCGCUCCCGUUUCUUGUCUUCUUUUUACCUUUGGAACAGGAUAGUCACUGGGGAGUUCGCAUCUGCCGCCUCAGUGAAUUCUCCUUUUCCCUUUUUUGAAGAUACCUUGUCCUCUGGGGCAGUGAAGAUGGAAGACUUCUUUUCCCUCCCCAGUCCCCACAGAUGCUGCUCGCGACUCCACAUUUCGUAAGCAUCGGCCGAGGGGGCAGCUGCCUCGCUGUCUCUCCUGCCUCUGGCUGGGUCUCCCUCACGGCCCAUGAACCACCCAGCCCUCAGUGCCUUGACAGAAUUCUCCUGAGCUCUGGCUCUUCAGGAUAGUUAGAUAGAAAUUCCAAAGGUGCCCCCAUCAUUUCCCAGAAUGCACUUGUGUGAAAAGUGGGUGUGCUUCUCUUGUCUUCGGGGCGGCGGCUCCACCUGUGGACUUGCCAAGAUGGCCGCCUGGAGGAAAUGGCGUCUGCGAAGAACUGUGCAUGAGGGGUGAAAUUCUUUUGCUGUUUUUGGCAGGCCAUUUUUUUCAGGGUGGCUGCCCUGUCUAGCUGUGAGAUUUCCAAAAUGGAGACUCUUGACUUGGGGCUCUGUUUUUUUAAACGACUUUUAACUCUUCCUUGCCUUGGCCUCCUCCUGCCCUGCCUGGAGGAUUUUUUUGGGGGGGGAAUCACCAGAGGCCUUCAGAACCCGUCUUCCAUCCUCUGUGGGUAAUGGGAGGACCACUGCCCACAAUCUGCAGACUUCCCAAAGUGGGGGAGUCGUACUUGAAACCAAAUUGGCUCCUUGGUCAGCCUGAGAAAGGAAUUAUGGGGAGGCGGGGAGUGCAUCAACCCCCCACCUCCACAGUCUGAAUGCCAAAGAACGGUUCGCAUUGGCGUGAAGUGGCCCUUGGCAAAGUUGCUGGUAUGAAAGUGGGACUUCCUGGUGAUGAGGUGUUUCUGCGGAGCUGAGUGAUGACAUCAUCAAGAGUGGGAAAUGCUGAGUGAUGACAUCAUCAAGAACAGGAGUGACCUCAUAACCCUCUGCACUGUGACGUGGAAACGAGAGAUUUGCACGGGAAAACUCGUCACUGAGGUGGAAUGAACCCUUAUAGCGAUGUAACCAUUUGACAAUCAGAAAACUCUGCACUGUCCGACGAUGUCAUUGUGAUGACAUCACAGGAGAACAAAAGCAAAGCUUUGAAUUCUGGGGGAUGUCGCAUUGGUCCUCUGAGAUAAGAGGAGCUUGAAGAAUGCUAGGAGCCGGGGCACUAGAUUGUGCUAUCCGUGUGGUGAAGAUGCAAGCCUCUAUGCUUAUCGUGGUACACGGGGAUGCUACCGUGGAAAAGUUAAAGCCGGGGAAGGGCUUGCUGGUUGCGCUCUUAAUGACAUCAGUACAAUGUGCCUCUGGACCAAGCUAGGGCGCUGGUGGAUGAUGUCACAAGAGCCAGCCUGUGAGGUCAUAACCAAGCAAUGCUUCUUUUGUAUCCGUUCUUUAAACCUUCAUAUUGAAGGUGGUGAUGUUAAUUUUUAUUAAAAAAUUGUAUCUUGUAAA